CAGAAGCAAUACACAUUAUUAUUAUUAUUAUUAUUAGUUUGAGAUUAAUUUGAGCUCUCGAGUUCGAUGAUGGCGGAAUUGGGGCUUCCCGAGAACCCCUUCUUGUUCGAGAAAGAAGAUUGGGUUUACAAGGAGAAGACGGGUACCUUGUUGAAGAAAGAAGUUAGGGUUUACAAAUCUUUAUUCGAUGAGUACGAGAUUGAGAAGGAGAUCAACCGGGGGGCCUUCGGCGUGGUGUACAGAGCGCGAGACAGGAAAAGCAAGGAGACGGUGGCGAUGAAGGAGGAGGUUGGCGGCGGAGGGCUACUGAUGGAGAUCGACAUCCUGAAAUCCCUGCCGCGGCACCCCAACAUAGUGGAAUUCAAGAAAGUGGCGAGGGAUGGGGCCCGCGUGUUCGUGGUGAUGGAGUACUUGGAGUACGACCUCCAGAGGGUGAGGGCGGUGAUGGAGCAGCCCUUCCCGCUCUCCAUAACCAAGACCCUCAUGCGGGAAAUUCUCAGGGGCGUCGCCUUCCUCCACCACCACGGCGUCGUGCACAGGGAUCUCAAGCCGGCCAACAUUCUCUUCGGAGGCGCCAACUACGACCUCAAAAUCUGCGACUUCGGGCUCUCGGCGCGCCUCGGAUCGCGGUGCAGCGCCGGCGCGGGGACCAGGUGGUACAAGGCGCCGGAGGUUCUGGGCGGGUGCCGCAGCUACACGAGCGCCAUCGACGUGUGGUCGGUGGGGUGCAUCAUGGCGGAGUUCGUGUUGGACCAACCCCUUUUCCAAGGCCAAUCGGAUGCUCAUCAGCUCGCCUGCAUUCGCGAGGUCCUCUGCGGCCGGACCAACCUUCUGCGGCCUCUCAUCAUGUCUGCGUCAGGCGCGGCGCCGCUCAAUCAUGCUGGAUUUCAUCUGCUCGGGAGGCUCUUGGCGUACCACCCAAACAACAGGAUUUCAGCCGCCGACGCUCUCAGACACCCUUGGUUCGCUCAACAAGAUUGA